GAGAGAGAGAGAGAGAGAGAGAGUAAUGGUGGAAGAAGCAGGGGAUCAAAAGACGACCGGUAAACACAAGGACGGAGGAGAAGAAGAAGAAGGAGGUAAGGACAUUGUAAAACGGCAUCCGCUUGAGCAUUCAUGGACCUUCUGGUUCGAUAAUCCUUCUGCUAAGUCUAAGCAGGUCGCCUGGGGUAGCUCCAUCCGCCCUAUUUACACUUUCUCCACCGUCGAAGAAUUCUGGAGCCUUUACAACAAUAUACAUAGACCAAGCAGGUUGGCAGCUGGGGCAGACCUCCAUUGUUUCAAAAACAGAAUUGAGCCCAAAUGGGAGGAUCCCGUGUGCGCUGGUGGUGGAAAGUGGACUAUGACCUUUCCCAAGUCGAAAUCCGACACGUGUUGGCUAUACACGUUGCUAGCAAUGAUUGGAGAACAGUUUGAUCAUGGCGAUGAGAUAUGCGGGGCAGUUGUUAAUGUGAGAUCAAGGCAGGAAAAAAUAGCCCUAUGGACAAAGAAUGCUGCCAAUGAGCCUGCACAGAUGAGCAUUGGGAAACAAUGGAAGGAGUUUCUUGAUUACAAUGACAUGAUAGGCUUCAUAUUUCAUGAGGAUGCUAAGAAACUUGACAGAGGUGCCAAAAAUAAGUACACAACAUGAUGCGUUUUGUGUUUGUGUUUGUGUUCGUGUUCUGUCUACCCAAAUGCAAGCUUUGUAGGGACUGCAUGCAUCCACUUGUUUAGUAGCUUUGCAUGCAUAUCAACAUUUGCAAUGGACACCUCAUUCUUAUGUAGUUGAUCCUAAUAAAUACCACUUAUUUCGAAUAAGAAUGUCCAGCAGCCGCGAGCCUUCUUUUAGUGGUGGAAUCAUAACUUUUAAAUCGGGUUGCAAUAAUGUUUUUGAUUGGUUUCAACAUGUAAAGGUGGGACACGCAUCUCA